AACUUAGGUUAUGUGAGUUACGAGCUCAACCAGUCACCAGCAACCAUGAAGAUAACACUAUCAAUGCACUGAGAGGAUGGAGACGAACGUUAUGCAACCACAAGCCUCAGCCAACAUGAACCAGACAGCACGGGGAAUUGUUGUUCUGAUUGGAGCUGUUCUCAUUCACAUUACCCUUGGGGUCCUUUAUUGCUUCGGCAAUAUCAGCACGUACAUAGUAUCCUACCUCAGAUUCAGAACUGAUUAUGAUACUGUCAGAUUCACCAACACCCAGUGGAUAUUAACUCUGAUGGUGUGCGGGCAAGGAACCACCAUGGUGAUAGGGGGUCUGAUGGAACGUAAAAUAGGGGCUAGACUCACUAUUCUCGUUGGCUGUACUAUUCACACGUUAACGGCCGCACUUUCCUUCUUUGCUAUCCGUUCUUUCUACGCUCUUAUAGUAACUUACGGCGUUCUGUUUGGAUUCGGUAUUGGUAUAGCCUACUCUCCAGCUAUGACACUUGCUAUGAAGUGGUUACCGACCUAUAAAGGAGUUGUAGCGGGAAGUGUGGUGGCAGGGUUCGGGUUAGGAGCUAUGGUCUUUAACCCCAUCAUAACCACCUUUAUUAACCCUAACAACACCAGUCCUUCCUACGCCCCCUACCCGGAUCAUCCCUCAGAAAAAUAUUACCACGAUCCAGAGGACAGUGCCUUAUUAGACAGAGUGCCAUACUGUUUCCUGGUUAUGGCUGGCUUCUUUAUUGCGCUACAAGUUGUUGGGAACCUACUGUUAAAAUCUCCUCCCCCAGUCUUCGAGGACUUUUAUGAAUCUGGUGUUAACGGAGGAUCCCCCUCCCUUCAACACGACAGUUCCGCUUCAAACUACCUGCUACAAGAAGCAGGACCUGCCGAGUAUACUCCUCUACAGCUACUCAAACACAGAGAUUUCUGGAUACUGUGGUUCACCUUUCUGUGUAACAACCAGGGGAUCUGCUACGUCAGCACUUAUUGGAAGUCGUUUGGACAAGGUUUUAUAACAGAUGACUUGUUCCUGGCGGGUAUAGGAUCUGCUGCUAGCGUGGGGAACGCUUUCAGUAGGAUCAUUUGGGGUGGUAUUGGAGACAGACUCGGCUUCAAGGUUGCAAUGUGUACACUACAAGCAUUGUUUGCUAUGCUUUACAUCAUCAUGUUCUUUACACAGCAUGGCAAGUGGGGCUACGCUAUCUUCGUCUUCUGCCUCUUUUUCUGUGUUGGAGGAAGUUUUUCCUUGCUACCUGCAGCAACAAUAAGAAGUUUUGGCUCCCUGAACGCCACAGCUAAUUACGGGCUGGUCUUCACAUCAGCUGUUGUAGGAGCACUCCUUAAUAUCCUUAUCUUAAACCUGACUAUAAACCACGGCAUGUCACAUCAGCAUGUCCAGUGGAUAAUCGCUGCUUUCCUCGUGGCAGGCUUUAUCAAUUCAACUUUCUUCAAGUUUCGUGGCUGCCCUUGCGUUAGACGAGAAGAAACAAGCAGAGAAUAUGGCUACUCCUCAGUACCUUACAAAGAAUAAACAUUCUUUUAUUGCAUGAUUCAUUUUCAUCUAGCUGCGUUUGAAGUCUUCAAAUGUUUUGGUCAUAUUUUCAGUUCUUGACUGUAAAAUUGCAGAUGUGUCCCGAUAAAAAGUCAUUAAAUCAGAGAAGAUUUGUAAAGACGAAGAGUUUGAUCUUUGUAAUUGUAUUAAAUGUUAUUGUUAUAAUAAUAUGUUAACAGUGACCAU